GCCGGAAGUGCCCGGCGCGCGCGGCGGCGGCGGCGGCGGUGAGGCUGCGCAGACCGUAGGCGCGCGGCAGGCAGAGGGAGGGAGCGAGGCUUCCCUGGCUGCGUCGGCUGUCGCGGGGCGUCCCGCAGGGCCGCCCCCAUGUUGCGCUUUCCGACCUGUUUCCCGUCCUUCCGGGUGGUGGGAGAGAAGCAGCUGCCGCAGGAGAUCAUUUUCCUGGUCUGGUCACCCAAGCGGGAUCUCAUUGCCUUGGCCAACACUGCGGGCGAGGUUUUACUUCAUCGACUUGCAAGUUUUCAUCGAGUUUGGAGUUUUCCACCGAAUGAAAAUACAGGAAAGGAAGUGACGUGUCUGGCUUGGAGACCAGAUGGCAAACUUUUGGCCUUUGCUCUUGCUGAUACCAAAAAAAUUGUUUUGUGUGAUGUGGAAAAACCUGAAAGCUUGCACUCCUUUUCUGUGGAAGCUCCAGUUUCUUGUAUGCAUUGGAUGGAAGUGACUGUGGAAAGCAGUGUUCUAACAUCCUUUUAUAAUGCCGAGGAUGAAUCAAAUCUUCUCUUACCUAAAUUACCUACAUUGCCAAAAAAUUAUAGCAACACCUCAAAAAUAUUUAGUGAAGAAAAUUCUGAUGAAAUUAUUAAGCUUUUGGGAGACGUCAGGCUUAAUAUUCUCGUCCUUGGAGGAGGCUCUGGAUUUAUUGAGCUUUAUGCUUAUGGAAUGUUCAAAAUUGCUCGAGUCACAGGGAUUGUUGGUACUUGUCUUGCAUUGUGUUUAUCAAGUGAUUUGAAAUCAUUAUCAGUGGUCACAGAGGUUUCUGCCACUGGUGCUUCAGAAGUUUCAUACUUUCAGCUUGAAACCAAUCUAUUGUACUCUUUCCUACCUGAAGUAACUCGAAUGGCCAGAAAGUUUACUCACAUUUCGGCUCUUUUACAGUAUAUAAAUUUAUCACUGACAUGUAUGUGUGAAGCAUGGGAAGAAAUACUAAUGCAGAUGGAUUCUCGUCUCACCAAGUUUGUGCAGGAAAAGAACACAACUACAUCAGUGCAAGAUGAGUUCAUGCACUUGCUGUUGUGGGGCAAAGCAAGUGCUGAGCUUCAGACCCUCUUAAUGAACCAGUUAACAGUGAAGGGCUUAAAAAAACUUGGCCAGUCUAUAGAGUCAUCGUAUUCCAGUAUACAAAAACUGGUUAUAAGUCACUUACAGAGUGGCUCAGAGUCUUUAUUAUACCAUUUGAGUGAACUGAAAGGAAUGGCUUCAUGGAAGCAAAAAUAUGAACCUCUUGGACUAGAUGCUGCAGGAAUUGAAGAUGCCAUUACGGCUGUGGGUUCUUUCAUACUCAAGGCAAAUGAACUUCUUCAAGUUAUAGAUAGUAGUAUGAAAAAUUUCAAAGCAUUUUUUCGGUGGCUCUAUGUGGCAAUGUUGAGAAUGACAGAAGACCAUGUGCUUCCCGAGCUGAAUAAGAUGACUCAAAAAGAUAUCACAUUUGUUGCUGAAUUUCUUACUGAACAUUUCAAUGAGGCUCCAGACCUUUAUAAUCGAAAAGGAAAAUACUUUAACGUUGAAAAAGUUGGUCAGUACUUAAAAGAUGAAGAUGAUGAUCUUGUGUCACCCCCUAACACAGAGGGAAACCAGUGGUAUGACUUCCUUCAAAACAGCAGCCACCUUAAAGAAAGUCCUUUGCUGUUUCCUUAUUAUCCUCGAAAAUCAUUGCAUUUUGUGAAAAGGCGGAUGGAGAACAUUAUUGAUCAGUGUUUGCAAAAGCCAGCAGAUGUAAUUGGAAAAUCGAUGAAUCAAGCAAUCUGUAUUCCAUUGUAUAGAGAUGCUAGAAGUGAGGAAUCUACACGUAGAUUGUUCAAAUUUCCUUUUCUGUGGAAUAAUAAAACUUUAAAUCUACACUAUCUUCUUUUUACUAUUUUAGAAGAUUCACUUUAUAAAAUGUGCAUCUUAAGGAGACAUACUGAUAUUUCCCAAUCUGUAAGUAAUGGACUAGUGGCUAUUAAAUUUGGGAGCUUCACAUAUGCCACAACCGAAAAAGUGAGAAGAAGCACCUACAGUUGUUUAGAUGCACAGUUUUAUGAUGAUGAAACUGUAACAGUAGUUCUUAAAGACACUGUAGGACGUGAAGGAAGAGAUCGACUCUUGGUCCAGUUGCCAUUGUCUUUAGUAUAUAACAGUGAAGAUUCUACAGAAUAUCAGUUCACUGGGACUUACUCUGCAAGGCUGGAUGAGCAGUGCAGUGCUAUUCCCACACGUACCAUGCAUUUUGAGAAGCAUUGGAGAUUACUGGAAAGUAUGAAAGCACAGUAUGUUGCUGGGAAUGGUUUUCGGAAAGUGUCCUGUGUGGUCUGAAGGAAGUGCUCGACCCGAUUUUACCUCGCUUAUCUUCUUCAACAUCACCACCAGCAUCACCUUCAUCCUGGUCUUUGUCCAACUGUCCACAGUCUUGUAAUCUCUUUGCCCUCUUUUAGGAGUGAAAAAAUUGUCUUUAAAAAUCACACUUUCCAAUGAGGAAUACAAUUUUCUAGCAAUCCAGAGACUCAUGUCUGCCAACCAGCGCAUCUUUUCUCUGUAGUAAAGUUAUACGAGAUGCCAACUUUUGAACUGUAAGUUGGCUGGUCCACCCACGCCAACCAGAAGGACAGACUCGCUUGGAGGCGAGCUGUGUGGGCCAGGCUCUGAGGGAGCUUCUGCUGUCACAUUUGAUUUCUGCAGAAGGAGAACACCAAGACUAUGGUGAGGGUCCGGCUUGAGAAAGAAUCUGUUUAUUUUUGGAGUUUCUGAUAAGGCCAAAAACAGGAAAGAGGAAAAACAAAAAAAAGAUUGAACGUUCAACAAAUCCAUUUCACUGAUACUAAUGUUACCAGCUUCUCUGGGAAAUGCCAACCUGGGCAGCUCUGAAGCAGUAAGAAAGCACCAGGCACACAUUCUCUCAACUGGAGGAGGAGAAGAAGGCAGAAGUCAUCCCAAGUUUCUCGUAGAGGGGAGAGGUUGACCCUGGGGUCAGCCGAGUCAACCCCCCUCCUCUCCUGGUGGUGCCCGUUCCCGCCUCUGCUCGGCCCCACCAUGGGACCCUGCUGGGAAGCUGGUGAGAUGCUGGGCUGGCGCCACUCCCUGUACUUUCUGGCCUGCCGCCUGGGCGGAAGUGCUUGGGGGUCAGGAGCAGCUCCAGAGAGUCCUGGAAAAUUAGGAACUUUACCUUUCCUUGUAUAUACUUGGGUAUUUUCAUGAGAAAUAAUUAGCGUGUAUUACUUUUGUAAUUUUAAGAGUAGUAUUAAGAAAAUCUAAACUCAAGAGA